AUGGACAGAAUACGACAAUUACAGGGACUCAACAGAAUCCCAGCUGUAUGCGGAGAAUUACAGGCAAUUAGAGGAAAACAAUUGCGACGGGAAUACAAACUGUUACUGGACACAGGAGCCGCAAUAAAUAUUAUAAAGGAACAUAGAACACCCGAAUUCAGUUUACAAGGCAGCAUGUUCUCUUUGGGGUACAAACCGUGCAAGCACGUGCCCCCAGCUACUCCGAGAAAGAACUCCCUAACUGUUAACGCUGCAACUGAGGAAAUUUGCGUCAAUGGUGAUAAGGAUAUUAAGGAGGAAGCUGAUGGAAGUGACCGCUGUGCUCUACAUCCAUAUGCCGGCCCAAAGUACGGAAAGCUCUGCAGUGGAGAAAUUGUACUACCUGCGGAUGUCCAGAAGAAAUUAAAAUGCCGAUACGUCAGUCGCGGAAUACCUUUUUUGAAAAUAGCACCAUUUAAAGAGGAAGAAGCCUACCUGGAUCCUAGAAUUGUUGUGUACCACGACGUGAUUUAUGAAGAAGAAAUAGAGUUUCUCAAAAGAUCAUCAAAACCCAUGUUGCAAAGUGCAAAAGUGCGAAAUGUUAAAAGUAAUACGGAGGAAGUUGCCAUGAAAAGAGUAGCCAGUAAUGCUUGGAUUUCGGAUCAAGCAAAUAAACACGUAAAGCUUCUGAGACGCCGAGUGGAGGAUAUGACAGGUUUGACGGCUGACACAAGCGAGAACCUGCAAAUUGUUUACUACGACUUCGGAGGCUAUUAUAUAGGCCACUUUGAUUUUGUGAAAGAAUGGGAUACCCGCUUCUUAGAGCAAUUUGGCACAGGAAAUCGAAUCGCCACGGUUCUGUUUUAUAUGAAUGAUGUCGAAAAAGGAGGUGAAACAGUUUUUACUGAGUUGGACGUUAGCAUACGGCCUAAAAAAGGUAGUGCAGUAUUCUGGUAUAACCUUAAACGAAAUGGAAAAGGAGAUAAUUCGACUAGACAUGGAGCAUGUCCAAUAAUUUCUGGAAAAAAAUGGAUUGCUACUAUAUGGCUGCACGAACAUGGUCAAGAGUUCAUCAGGCCCUGUACUUUAUUGGAAAAUGAAUAA